UACCCUUCUCGACAGACUGAUCGCGCAACAGCAGUCAAAAUGCCGGUAUGUGCACAUUCCGAACGAAAUACACGACGCCUUUAUUUAGGACCCGGGGCUUUACGUUGAAGGGUGUACUGGGGGGAGAGACGCCGAUUUCAUAACCUUUGGUGGAGGGGAAGCCGUCUGGGUUGCACGGACAGCCAAAGAAUACGAUUUGCAAAUCGAACAAUUAUCACUGACCUAUGUUCGUCGCAUUGCAGAGCCACAAGUCUUUCCGUACCAAGCAGAAGCUGGCCAAGGCCCAGAAGCAGAACAGGCCUAUUCCUCAAUGGAUCCGUCUCAGGACCGGUAACACCAUCAGGUACAACGCGAAGAGGCGGCAUUGGCGCAAGACCCGCCUCAACAUCUAAACGGAUCACACCCUUUCUCUCAAUCCCCGAUGCUCUCCCGCCGACUCAACUUGUAUUUUUGGCCUCGGCCCCUUGUUCCCGAUAUGGCCGAACACUCU